UUUAAGAAGACUAGGUGCAAGAUGAAAGUUUCUCUGUCUUUCUCGUAUUUCUCAUUUCCUGUUGUAAAACUUACAGUCUGGUAAUAAAUAUAGCUUUUUAAAUCACUCAAGGCGUUAGUUUUUAAAAUGGGGGACAACAAGCAACAAACUAAGCGAAUUUUUAUCAACGAUGUUGACAGAUAUUCCUCCAAGCACAUCGCAAAGUUUUUAGCCUCAUGCGUGGUGACCUCUGAGGAUGAGGAAGAAGCAGAGGCAUUAGCCUCCCAUGAAGGUGAACCUGCUUUCCAUGUCGUCGGUACGGUGUCUCCUUCCUCUAAAGGUGAAAAGUGGGAUUUUCUACGGGAGAAAUAUGAGUCACCAAGCAGUGAUGAGCUCCUCCAGCACCUGCUGGAGUGUGAUGUGGUGGUGUACAACAUCUCAGAAAGUGCCACACAGCAACAGGUUGAAGAAGCAACGUGGGUUCUUACAGCCCUUCAUAAUGAGAUGCUGAGCUUCACGUCUCAGAAAUUGUUCAUCUUAGUCUCCACUGUAAUGACGUGGGCCAUGACUAAACCUCAAAACCCAGAUGAAACUGAUGUUCUGGUAUCAGAGGAACAGUUCAUAAGAAGAAGGCCUCACCCUGCAUUCAGAAAACACCACAGUUUGGAAAAACUUGUGCUAAACCUGGCUAAAGGGAAAAAGUCCAAACUUGCCGGUUAUGUUGUAGCUAGUGGCCUUCAGUAUGGAAAGGGGGAGGACCUCUUUCAUUACUUUUUCAAGGUUUCUUGGCUGAUGGAGUUUCCAAAAGUUCCCAUAUUUGGACAUGGCACAAAUUACAUUCCCACGAUUCAUGUAUCUGACCUUGGAGGAGUGAUCCAGAACAUCAUUCAACUCAGACCAAGACCAAAGUACAUUGUUGCCAUUGAUAAUUCCAGGAACACUUUAGAGGAUAUUGUACAGAUGAUAAGUCAUGCGCUUGGACCAGAAGAAAUUCAGAAAUUACCACCACAGGAAGCGAUUGUCAUGAAGGCGUUUAAGCCAGAGGAACUGGAGUGCCUCGGCAUCAACCUCCGCCUGGAGACCUUUAUCAUAAAUGACUUUUUCAACCUAAGCUGGACGUCCGAAGCUGGGAUGGUUGAAAACAUGGAUAACAUUGUGCAGGAAUACAAAGACGCCUGGCAGCUGCUUCCCAUUCGAAUCUUGCUGCUUGGACCUCCAGCUGUGGGGAAAACCACCCUUGCAGGAAAGCUCUGCCAUCAUUACCGGUUGCAUCAAAUCAAGCUCAAAGAGGUCCUCGAAGAGAAGAUUGCACAACUGAAGGAGAUAGUAAAUGGACCUAACCCUGAAAAUAUCAGUCAAGAGAUAAUGACUGCUGCACAGACACAACUGGGGAAUAUUCACAAAAGCAUGAAAGAAAAUCAAGGUCGACUGGUUGACCGUCUCCUUUUUGAAAUUGUGGAAGAAAAACUAAACUCAAAGCCAUGUAAGAACCAAGGCUUUGUUCUUGAUGGUUUCCCUAAGACUUAUGAGCAAGCGAAGAUGAUUUUCUCUGAUGUGAAUGUGGAUGAGGAUGCUGGGAAAGAGGAUUUGGCAUUGAUGUCCAAAGCACCAGCCUACAAACAGGCCAUCGCUCCAGAGUAUGUUUUUGCCCUUGAUGCAUCAGAUGACUUCCUGACAAGAAGAGUACAAGGACUUCCAGAAAACGUGGCAGAAAAAAUGCGCUACACCCAGGAUGAAUUUGUACCUCGCCUGACAAAACACAGACAGCUCAGUGGAGCUGAGGAAACAGUGUGUGACUACUUUGAUCAGAUUGAGAUUCACCCAUUACAUAUCGAGGUCAGGACAGAUGAUCCAGAAUACACAGACAUCAUGAAGAUGAUCACACGGGUGGUGGGCCCUCCUAAGAAUUAUGGCUUGAGUCCAGAGGAGCAGGACCAGAAAAAAGAGGAAGAGAGGAGGCAGAAACGGUCCGCAGAGGCUGCUGAGAGGAAACUCAGGAAUGAGGCUGUACUGGCUGAGAUGGCUGCUCAGUAUGAGGACUGGCAGAAAAAUUUAUCAGAGGUGAAGAGACAAGAGAGUGAGCAGCUGGAAGUUCAAGCUCUUCCCCUGCGAAACUACCUGAUGAAGUAUGUGAUGCCCUCGCUCACUGAGGCCAUGGUAAAGUGCAGCGAGAUUAAACCGGAGGACCCUGUUGACUUUUUGGCGGAAUAUCUUUUACGACAAGAAGAAUGAGAAUUGCUCCGAUGAAGGCCGUGCUCCGAUGCUAUUGAGCAGCAUUUUUAUGUUGUUACACUGUUACAGUAUUGUAAUUAAGAUGAAAUGGUUUGAAGAGAAUUUUGUUAAAGAAUGUGUUAUCUGCACACUACAAAAUGAACUCAGCAUUCAAUUAAAAAACUUGUACAAAAAGCUCAUCACCAAAAAUAAAUAUUUAGCAUUGACAGUAAAAUUAACUUUUAACAGUUAAUUUUUAACACACCUUAAGUAUCAAUUGUACUACAUGCUCAUAGGUGUAGUAGAAGUAUGAUUACAGCGCUGUCCCCUCUGAGCAUCCAGCUGGUGGGUGACUCAGCUCAGACUAUUGCUGAGUAAGCACUUACUGGAAGAACAACUAUGCUGGGACUGGUUUUAUGAUAACACGGUACUAUUUAGAAUUAGCACUGUGUAAGGCUCUGCAGGUAUUGAAGUAGAACUUUGUAAAUAUAUUUUCAUUGAUAUAUUGUUACACCUUGUUCAUAUGGAAUGGAAUCUAAUGUAUUUUCUGCAUAUGUUAAUAUUUAUCAAAAUAAUAAAAAUAGAUGUUGCUUUUCUAGUUAUUAAUAAUAAAAAUAAAUAAAAUUAAACUGCAAGGGAGAAAUUCAGUGAGUAAAAUUUGAGACUUCACUCCAGCCAUUUUUUUUAAAAUUUGUUCUUUCAACACUAGAUGGAGCAGGUAGUCUUUCUGUAAACUUUACAGAGAAAGGAAAGAUUGUUACUUCAGUUAAUCUGUUUGGGUUUUUUUAAUUAUGUGUUUCUCAAUUCUUCCAAAUAACAAGACAGUGUUUAUGUUCUGCUGUUCUGCUUUCUUGCUGUGCUGAAUAAAUUAGUCUGCACAAAGAAAAA